AGGCUCCGCCCCUCCUUGGGGUCUGGUGGGGCGGCUCUCGCGGGAGCAGGAGGCAGCGGAGACCCCGGCCUCCAGCUGCCGGCGCCCGGAGGGUGUCUGUGCCCCGGGUCCCGCAGGUUGGCAGCAGGUGGCCGGGCGGCCCUGCCCCGAGCCGUCCAGAGCCCGAGCUGCCGCGCGGGGUGGGGGUGGGGGAGCCGGGGAGCGGAGGAAGCAUCCCAGGCCGGCGCGGCGGCGAGGAUUCCGGGAACAGCCUUGGUCCAGGGCGGUGGAGCAAGUCGGGAGGCGGGGCCGGGGCGGAGGAGCGGAGCCGCUCUCUCGCGACCUCUGCCCACUGCCUGGGUUCCGGGGACCCCCAGCUUCUCACACCUCCUCCUGGAGCUGAGGACUGGCCAGUGAGGACAACCCCACCUAGAGAAGGCCGGUUCUGCAGUCAAGUGGCUGAUAAGAGGUGUGGGAAAGCAGUCUGCUGAUAAUUCAGUUUGGAGAAAACACGGCGUUCCUGCCUCUGGGGUGUGUGGUCUCCAGGCCCUCUCUCAGCUCCUGUGCCUGUUGCCGUGGCCUUGGUGGCACCCUUCCCCGGUGGCCAGCCCGGGGCUUCCCCCGCCCAUGCAGUCCCCCACCAGCACUGCCCAGGGCCUCAGCGGCCCCCUCUUUGGGGCCUACACUAUCCCCACCUUCAAGUUCCAGCCUCGCCGUGAGAGUGUGGACUGGAGGCGCAUCAGUGCCCUGGAUGUGGACCGCGUGGCACGGGAGCUGGACGUGGCCGCCCUGCAGGAGAACAUCGCCGGCGUCACUUUCUGCAACCUGGACCGGGAGGUGUGCGGCCGCUGCGGGCAGCCCGUGGACCCAGCGCUGCUCAAGGUGCUGCGGCUGGCGCAGCUCAGCAUCGAGUACCUGCUGCACUGCCAGGACUGCCUGAGCGCCAGCGUGGCCCAGCUGGAGGCGCGGCUGCAGGCCAGCCUGGGCCAGCAGGAGCGCGGCCAGCAGGAGCUGGGCCGCCAGGCCGGCGAGCUCAAGGGCGUGCGGGAGGAGAGCCGGCGGCGGCGCAAGAUGAUCAGCGCUCUGCAGCAGCUGCUCCUGCAGACGGGCGCCCACAGCUACCACACCUGCCACCUGUGUGACAAGACCUUCAUGAACGCCACCUUUCUCCGGGGCCACAUCCAGCGCAGGCACGCAGGCAUGGUGGAAGGCGGAAAGCAGAGGAAGCAGGAGCAGCCAGUGGAGGAGGUGUUAGAAGAGCUACGGGCCAAACUGAAGUGGACCCAAGGGGAGCUGGAAGCCCAGAGGGAGGCGGAGAGGCAGCGGCAGCUCCAGGAAGCAGAGAUCAUUCGCCAGAGGGAAGCAGAAGCUAAGAAAGAAUUUGAUGAAUGGAAAGAAAAAGAGCAGGCCAAGCUAUAUGGGGAAAUAGACAAGCUCAAAAAAUUAUUUUGGGAUGAAUUUAAAAGUGUUGCCAACCAGAACUCUACCUUAGAGGAGAAGCUGCAGGCACUGCAGUCCCACAGUGUGAUGAAGUCCAACCUGGGGUCCCUGCGGGAUGAGGAGCCCGAGGAGCGACUCAGGCAGGCUCAGGAGCUCUGGGCUCUGAAGGAGAAGAUGGAAAUGCAGAAAGCAGAAUGGAGGAGGAAAAUGAAGGCACUGCAGGAAGAGCAUGCAGCUCAGAAGAGAGAGCUGCAGGAGCAGAACGAGAGGCUCCAGGCUACCCUGUCUCAGGCUCAGAGGAAAGCAGCCGCCCAGGCCCAGCGCCAGAUCAGUGCCCUCCACGCCCAGCUCCAGGAGCAAGCCAGGCUCAUCGCCUCCCAGGAGGAGAUGAUGCAGGCCAUGUCUCUCCGGAAGGUGGAGGGGAUCCCUGAGGGCCCGAAGACUGUGGACACAGAUGCGGACUCUUCCGAGGAAGAGCUGGAGGACUCCUACAGUGGACAGCAGAAGGUGCUGGAAGCCCUGAGGCGAAACCCCACCUUGCUGAAGCAGUUCAGGCCAGUCCUGGAGGACACCCUGGAGGAGAAGCUGGAAAGCAUGGGGAUAAAGAGAGAUGCCAAGGGAAUCCCCGCUCAGACCCUCAGACACCUGGAGUCCAUCCUGCGAACCCAGCGGGAGCAGAAGGCCAGGAGGUUUUCCGAGUUUCUGAGCCUGAGGGAGAAGCUCAUUAAGGAAGCCACCAGCAGAGUGAAGGACAGACAGAGGGUCGGGGCCCCGGUGUCCCAGCCAGAGGGUGAGGUGCCAGUCAAAAGCCAGCAGAGCCCGCUGGUCACCAAAGAGGCCCAGCCGAAGGCCAGGACCGUGCCUGUGGCACAGCCGUCCAAGCCGGCAGAGCCCCCCGUGACAAGUCUUCAGAGCCGCAGCAGCCAUAGCCUGGGCCUGGCCCCGGGACCCACCCCUACCCCUCGCUCCAGAGCGUCUGGACCCCCUGGCCCCCCUUCCUCCCCAGGGCCUGGGCUGAGUACGCCCCCGUUCAGUUCUGAAGAGGACUCGGAGGGAGAUGCUGGGCCUCGUGCGUCCCUCCAGCCCCUGAGAGUUCCUUCGAGGGUGGGGCCCCGGCCGCAGGAUGACUGGGACUGGUCUGACACCGAGACCUCGGAGGGGAGUGCCCAGUCCCCUGGCAAGGGCUCAGGCGGGCUGGCCUCCUCAGGAACGCUGGUGCAGUCGAUGGUCAGAAACCUUGAGAAGCAGCUGGAGGCUCCAGCCAAGAAGCCUGCUGGAGGGGUCAGUCUGUUCUCAGUGCCCAGUGCCGGGCCACAGAGAGCUGCUGUGCCAGGAGGAAAGCCCCAGCUUUCUGAGGAUGAGAGUGACUUGGAGAUCUCUUCCUUGGAAGAUCUCCCGCAGGACCUAAACCAGAAAGAGAAACCGAAGCCCUUGUCUCGCUCAAAGCUCCCGGAGAAGUUUGGCGCCAGCUCUUGGAGCCCCAGUCAACCCAGGGUCCCUGGCUGGUGAGCCCGCUUCUGAUUCUGGCAGCCAGAGGACCAGCCUUGUCGCCCAGCUGGGGUGGGGCUGGCUCAGAACCCCCCAGCGAUAGGGCUGCUGGGCAUCUUGUCUCCCCCAGGAGCCAAGAGGUCUUCUCCUUGGACAGAAGCAGAGUAGAAGACAGAUAUUAUUUCUCCCGUCCCCCAUGAGAGCCCUGGUAGGGUCCCUUGGGUCCCGGGGCUGAGAAAGGGUUGUAACAGAACCUUGAAAGAGCAUCCUUUUUUUACCUCCAUAUUCACUCCAGACUGAAAGGAGACACUUGGUCUCUACUCUGCAGUGUCUUGUAAACCUUGGCAACACCGUAGAGCUGGGUCUUUUAUGGGGUCCUCUGGGGGACUUACACCUGAGUCAGUCAUUCAGUAAUUGACCCAAAGUCGUUUACUGAGAGUGUCUGGCCUCUUGCUGCUGAGCUGGGGUGUAGGCAGAGAGGGGGAUGGAAAUGAAAAGUACGGGGUCAUAAUAGAGAUUGGGACUUUAGUGGGGAGCACAGACAGAGUCUCUCAGUGCAGCUGGGUGUGAAUGUGGAGAGCUUCCCAGAGCUGAUGUCCUCAGGACCUGCUCAUGGGUGGGAGGGAACGAGGGCCCCCUGGCUGGGGCGGCAUAUCUCCAGGGGACCACAAAUUCAGUUUUGAUAAUAUUUCUAAAAUUAGGUUAUAUACAUAUCUAUGGUAUUUUUUUAAUGUGAAGAGCAUUAAUUUAUGUAAACCCUUAAAUACAGCAUGUUUAUCACUCUC